GCGCCGCUGGCCUGGGACGUCAUGGCGCUGCUCGAGGCGCCCGACGUGGACGGCGACACGGCGGUGCAGCUGUGCACGCUGCUGCUGCAGCUGCGGGUGGGCGGCGCCGACUGGCCCGAGCAGGAGCGGCGCGCCGUGCUGGCCGCCGCCGGCCGCGUCUCCCACUGGCAGGCCUACAAGGUGGCCCGCCAGGCAAUGCGAUUCGGACACCACGGCGUGGCGGCCGCCCUGCUGCGGCCCACCCUGUGCCAGGUCUCCACCGAGCAGAUGCACUUCUGGCUGAGCGCUCUGGUCGAGCUAAGUGAAGCCGAGGCGGCGCUGGUGGCGCCACCUCACGACGACCUGGGCACGCUCUCGGCGGCGGCGCAGCGGUACGCCCGUGGCCUCUCCGCACUCCGGGCCACCACGUCGCCGACGCAGCUGCUGGAGUUCCCCGCCGAGUUCUGCCGGCUGCGCUGGCGCUGUCUGCAGGCGCACAUCCACCUGUGGACCGCGUGCCGCACCCUGCAGACCUCGCCGCCGCCCUGCGUCGCCAUCGCAGGUGCCGCCGGCGCCCGCGACGACACGCAGCGCUCCGGCCGGGUCAUCACCCAGCUGCAGAAGUCGGGGGCCGAGUUCUCGGCGCUGGCCGAGGAGUACGGCCGCCUGUACCGCUCGUCCUUCGACGCCGACCCCGACUCGCUGGCCUGUCUGGAGCGGCUGCAGCGGUGCUGCCUCCUGGUGGCGCAGGCCGUCGACUGGGCCGUGCGGCGCGGGAACCCCGAGACAUUCAGGUGGACGGCAGCACUGCUAGCUGUCAGUCGACUGAUGACCGGGGCGCCUCUAGGCUUUCCUCGCCGCUUCUUCCAGACACUGCAGAAGACUGUGAUCUCGCUGUCGGUGCAGCCGCAGCCGCGCGCCGCCACCGAGCUGGUCAUUCCCCACCCGAUCGCCAGUCAACUGGUGGUCAAGAUCGACGGCGUGGUGGCGCACGGCCCGCGCGGCGCCGUCUUCCGCUCCAUAGCGCGCGUGCAGCUCACCGUGACGGCCGCGCUGCAAAGCAAGGCCCCCAGCGACUCCAAGGCCCAGGACACGACAAUCUCGAUGAGCCGCACGGUGGAGCCACACAACGACUACUUCCACGGCCAGUUCUUGCUCGACCUGCGCCUGCAAGGCAUUCACCUGGUGACGGUGGACGCCAACAUCCUGGACGCGGACGGUAUCCAGUGGCUGACGUCGUCGUCUCAGCAGCUGACGAUCAAGGCGUUCGACGAGAGCCAGCCAAGCCGCUCUGGCUUCCAGCAGGGCAGCGCGGCGCGGCCCCCGCAGCACUGACCGCCGCGCCGGGCCCGCCGGCCGACCCCGGUCCAAGGGUCCAGCAGUCGGUCUGCGCUCCGGGGCCCUCAGAAGGCGUGGUUCGGACCAGGCCCGGCAAGCCCAGUGCUGCGAGUGCUUCAUACGGAGCUCGGCUGCUGGCAUCACGUAGAUGUGCUGCACGCCGGGGGCCAGCUGCUGGUGUAAUGUGAAUGCAUUUCGUAGGGGCUGCCGCAAUGCGGAUGAGUUUCACGAGGGUCUGAUCACUACGUAUUGAGGUGUUUCCAGGGCAUCUGGCCAGACGUUAGGUGAUCCAUGCGUAGUGGGCCGCGCGUCGAGUGAAGCGCUUCAUACGGCGCCAGGAGUGCCCGGUCGGCCCGCCGAGCAUGUGGCAGCGAAUGGUGCUGUUUAAAAACUCACCCGACCCGGCGUGGGCUCUGGUGCCGACGGGGAAUUUUUUCCGGCGACGUACGCCCCAACAAUGUCGUGGGCGUUACAAAAACGUAUGUAUUUUCAAGUGACACAGAGUGUGCUCCAUGUUGGCGCGUGCUUGUGGAGCAAUACAGCGUGCCCUGAAAGGACGCUCGUUCGCGGCGCUGCGCUGAAGCAACACACAAAAGGACCGCGGAGAAAAGCGCACUGUGUGCCGGCGAAUCCGCUCUCGUUUGUGGAAGGCAUUUGCGUCUCCAGAACUAGGGCCCCACGAGAUCUCACCCGCUCGUAAGUUAACGGAUCGCCGCCAGAUUAUGCCAACGGAAGAAAAACACGCAACAGCGACGUGAGUCUGAACCAGACCAGGAGCGGCGCAGUUAGCCUGGGCGCGGAUCCUGAGGUCCCAGACACCCGAGGUAACCUGCGCCGCUCCCCCGCGACCUGCGACCCAUCGACAUAAGACCAUCACUAAUGCAACACACAACUGGGCUGGAUGACAACGUGAGCCGGCGAUGUGGCGUGAGAAAUGCACAAAAGGCGACCGGUGGAGGGGGCGGCGAGCGUAGGACAAAGCUUGGGGCGCGACGGGCCGAGGUGGCGUGCAGCGAGUCGCAGAAGGAUGGCGAGACAGGGGCUAUCUCUAGCGCUGAGUCGAUGAAUGUACAUAUGAUUUUGCCGGAGAUCACUAACCACCGAAUUGAUGAGCAUCCCACGGUGAUGCAGGUACGAAUCGACAGGUAUUUACACAUCAACUACAAACACAUCGGUCUCCACUCUAAAAAAGGCGACCUGGAGUCUGUAUGAAAUAGGAUGCGCACCACGCGGAGAGUGCCCAGCGGGCAGACUGUCGGGAACAACACCAGCCGUACCAGUGACCGCGGGCUCACACGCCGCUACGAGCAAUCUACACACACCGCUACAAAAUUAAUACGAACAGUCGACGCGCUGACCACUGGGCGCACGCACCUGGCGUGGCAUGUGAACCGCGUGCCGAGAUGCAUCAUUCACCCACUCUCGUGAUUCGUUUGGGUUGGUCGCUCUCUCGCGUGACAGAAGGUAGGCGUAACAGCUACGAGCGCGAGACCGAUUCAAUUAUUGCGGCACGUGACAAGACUGUGGCAUGGGCCGGCACCGCUCCGAACCGGAGGGGGCCAGCCGUCACGCGCUGGCGAGCGGCACGCA